UUCAAAAUGUGAGCGUGAAAAUAGCUACAAAGGUAAAACAGAUUUAAAAUGAUAAAUACUACAAUAACCAGUAGCCAAAUCAGGAUUAGCAGAAACUGAGUUGAGCGUCACUUUGAUUCGGCAUUAGCCUUGAAUACACCACUCGUUAGAAGCAGGUUGUACUUCAGGUUCGUGAGGAACACGUUCGUUUCUACUGACUAUUAUGGCUAGAAUUGCAUAUGCUAAUCUACUCUCAUCUUUUUGACAGCAAAUGUUGAGAUGAAUAGUGAAAACUUUUCCAUAAGUGAGAAGAUUGUGUCGGCAUCUUACAUUCGCCAGGGUUCACAGGCACGUCGCAGUCAUGAGCAACUGAUUAGACAGCUUUUGGAACAGGUAAUAUCCGAAUAACAGUCCUUCGAAUUCUGUUAAUUCGAUCAGAUGAAUAGAUCAGAUGCACAUUUGCCAAGUAACUACAUCAGGGGUGUAUUCACUAGGAACCAAACAGAACCAAACAGAAGCAAACGAAACGGGGAGGAACCUACCUGAAUUUGUCUCGUUUUCGUUGCAAAUCGCAACUGUUUGCAACGGGUUUGAACUAAUUAUUACACCCCAUGAUGUAAGAUGUGAAUGGAGAUGGAGCGCACAUCAACCAUAACUUAGAUUGAUACUACAAAUGUAUUUACAGUUCUAUUUAGCCUACAUAAUUCAGGAGCCGUGACAGAAGCUACUGGCUAUUGUAGUGCCUAUCCUUACUCUACCUUAAAGGGCAAAUGUCCUGAGGAGGGAUGGAAUGAGAGCACAACAUAACUCUUCCUGAAUGAACUAGCUGUGAUGGACAGCAACAACUUCUUGGGAAACUGUGGUGUUGGCGAGAGGGAGGGCAGAGUGGCCUCUAGUCUGGUGGCCCGACGACAUUACAGGUUAAUACAUCUGGUGACAUCGCUGCGAUUCAACCCAAGGCUGCAGGUUCCAGUCUGCUGAACAAGCUGACUAAUUCAGUUGUGCGGGACAUUUUAAAACUCUCAGGUGUGCGAAGUGUGGCCAGUUGUUUCGUAGUUCCAAUGGCAACCGGGAUGAGCCUGACACUGUGCUUCCUAACACUUCGCCACAAGAGACCAAAGGCACGCUACAUCAUCUGGCCCCGCAUUGACCAGAAGUCCUGCUUCAAAGCCAUGAUCACUGCAGGAUUUGAACCAGUGGUGGUUGAGAACAUUUUGGAGGGCGAUGAGCUGAGAACAGAUCUGGAGGCGGUGGACCGUAAGAUGCAAGAGCUGGGAGCAGAGAACAUCCUUUGUGUCCACUCCACGACUUCUUGCUUUGCCCCACGUGUCCCCAACAGAUUGGAGGAGCUAGCCACUAUGUGUGCCAAAUAUGACAUCCCCCAUGUUGUCAACACUGCUUAUGGAGUGCAGUCAUCCAAGUGUAUGCACCUUAUUCAGCAGGGGGCUCGUGUUGGAAGAAUCGAUGCCUUUGUACAAAGCCUGGACAUAAACUUCAUGGUUCCAGUAGGUGGUGCCAUAAUUGCUGGUUUCAAUGGGUCUUUUAUUCAGGAGAUCAGCAGAAUGUAUCCAGGCCUCCCCCACCCUGGAUGUGCUCAUCACCCUGCUCACCCUGGGGGCCAGCGGCUACAGGAAACUCCUGGCAGAGCGGAAGAGGGGGAGGGCGACAGCAAGGAUAAAUCCAUCCAAGUGAAGCUGAGGAGUUUCCAGAAUGGUGCCUGUUGGCUCCUUUUACUAAAGUAG